CGAUGCCAGUGAGGACGCAGCACGAGGCAGCGAGGCCAGACACCAGGCAGAGACCGACGAGCUCAAGAGCUUCCAGCCCAACGUGAUGACCAAUGUCCACGACAACGUGGCCAGGACGGCUGCCGAGUUCAUGAAGAACCAGCAGUUCGGCCCUGGGGACAUCGAGGAGAUCAUGCACGGGGGACAUCACGUGCAUGACGAGGGGCACAAAGAUCAAGGUCCAUUACAGGGAGGUAAUGUGGACAUGUUCGCUCAAGGGCAGGGAAGUAACUCUGAUGAACGAGCCAAAAAACAACACUCAACAAUUGACCCUGAACACAUGAUGCAUGCUGGACAAGGAGACCAUGACCAUAAUCCUCACACAGAACAAGUAGAGGCACAAGUCCAGCCCGGGGGUGGGGCACCCGCAGACAACCUGCUCAAGCCACUGGAACACCAAGAAUCAAAGGUGAAAUCGAGAAUAGUCAAGGAAUCAAAAUUUAAAAGAGUUACUCCCCAUUUUUUUCACAUGUGA